CUCUCGAGUCUCCAUGCAUGAAUGGCAGAACCCGGUCAACCCACAAACACACCGAACCUCGUAGAGCAAGUUCAGAAGCUUCAAGAAGAACUCGACUCUCUACGCAGUCGUUAUGACGACCUUCGCAAGACAAGCGACCGGGCUGCUGAGCGGUACAAAUCCGACUACCGGAAGUGGAAGAACUUCAAGCAAUGGUUAUUCGAAGAUUUCGCAAGAGACGACGAGGUCUAUAAAGCUCUCAGGUCAGGAGAAUUUCAGGCGUACCCGAGGGCCUCGAUACUUGGUAAACGCAAGCAAUUCGAGGGAAUUGGACCGGAUUUGGGUGGGGUUAGUGAUGAAGAGGAGAACCAGAAGAAGAAAUCAGGCAUUGCAUCUGACCGGCGGACCGGACAACCGCCUGACCAUCCGAAUACAGCGAUGGGAGGUGUCUCCAGAAACGAUGACCCACCAGUCCCAGAGGUGGAGAAGACUAAGGUUUCACAGACUGUCAGGAGCAAGAGUGAUUCGCCGUUCAAAGUUGAAUCCUCCAGAAAAUCCCCCACUGUAGGCGGCAGCGGCCGUAAGCCCCGUGGGCGGUAUGCGCAGAUACCUGCAGGGAUGCCUACCAUCAACUCGAGGUUCUCCAUCAGAAAGGACCUUAAUCAAGGCUUCGACCAUCCAUAUGAUACCGUUGUCCGCAGUCGGGAAGAACGACGACACAUGGAGGGCGACGACUGCGAAUGCUGUCACGACUACUAUAAAGCUAUAGGUCCCGUCCCUGCUCCCCAGCGUCCUCUCUGGCGAUCACCCAAGCGCAAAUCGAAUGCAAGUUACCAUUCCGACAAUGACAUAGACAAGGAGAACGACGAUGACAUCGAGCAACACAAGUAUCGUGUAUCACGGCAUCGUCAUCAUUGGCAUAGACCAAAGACACCACCGGCUUAUUGGGAGAUUGGUUUCCCGGACACGCAGGAAGCUUCCGAAAUCAAUCGGCGGGCUGCUGAAAUGCACAAGAAGAAACUAGUAGACAUCGAGUUAGAAACGAGGAAUCACAAUGGCAAAUACCUGGAACGAGCAGCGAAAUUAUCAUGAAUGUUUAUAAUCUGCCCAGACUAUUGCGAUGGUAUGUAUACAGAUGCAUGUGUAAAUGUUGCGAGGACUCGUCCUUGCAGUAUCCAUCUGCCAAGGCGAAAUGGAUGAUAGUACUGUAGUAGCUGACGCCAGAGUUGUGCUGCAACCAACCAUCUCAGUGCGGAGAAACACAAUAACGUUUGCGAGAAUGGCUUACUAUACUGCGCAAAGAUAACAGAAAGUGGAAGUGGAUAACUC